UUUAAAUGGUUUUAAAAAUCUGUUCGUUAUUGUCUCCAUAACUAAAGAUCAAUUCCACAAACACGUAGAACAGGUGUUUUGGGACGUAUUUCAAAAACAAUCAUAGAACAGCGAAUUGGAUCCAAGAAUCAACUUGAUGUUUUAAAAUCAAAUAAGCUAUUGCGAUGUACUACAGGAAUGAAAACACGGAGAAAUAUUGUCGAAAAUUUGGUAGAAAAACCUAUUAUUUUCUGCUGAAUUAAUGUUCCGAGUAUCAUAGAAUAUCAAAGGCUACUGGUUAAAGCCAAGGAUUUUACCAUAAAGGAACAGUAGAACGAGCUUAUCAGACUAGACAAUAGGGUUUUACAAUCAUAUGAUGUUUCUAGGAUUGUCAAUUGUUCUUUUAGUCAUUGCGACAUGUGUAAACUCAGAUGCACAAGUGGGACACACGUCGGGUAUCACCCAUUUGCAUCACGUAAUCAAAAACCAGAACACUAAUCUUCACGUAACACCCACGCCUGCCAAGAAAGGUGAUACCUCUCCAACAAUGAAGAAAUCAGAGAAACCCAAGUCAGAAGACGAUAAUUCACUCCUGGACAAAGAGCCAUCUCUCGAUGACAACGGACCAGAAGCCGCUGGCCGAAUGACUGACUGGAGCCCGUAUGAGGAUACUCCAGAAGACCAAGAACAAAAUACCAACUCGACCGAGAACAACGUCAUCAAGGAAGAUGUGAUUGGUCCAACAAAUGCACCCUCUGAUGACAACGACGCAUAUCCCACAAUGCCACCUGAUGAGGAGCCAAAAGAUAAACACAAAUCGGCUGCCCCAACACCGAUGGCGUCAAAGGAGGGUCCUACCAGGUCCGUGAAAGCUGCCCCAACACCGAUGGCGUUAAAGGAGGGUCCUACCAGGUCCGUGAAAGGGGAUGCUGCGGUUCUACCAGUUCAACCAACAGCUGCCCCAACACCGAUGGCGUUCAAGGAGGGUCCAACCAGGUCAAUGAAUGUGCCCAUCGUACCUCAGGAUGGAAUGACCUUGUCUCCAACACCAGCCCCAGCUGACGUCAAAGGUCCCCCUAGUCCAUCUGCUGGUCCAACAAAACCGCCCAGAUCUGUCAAUCAAUCAGCGGAUGCGACAAGCUCCACCCCCACUAUGCCACAAGCUGUUAUGCCUGUAAGUGAAGAACCGACCCAGGCUCCCGUGGACGGCAAAGAUGGGAUGCCAAAGAUGGGACUGGCACAAAAGCGUAAACUUCUCGAGAAAACAUCGAAGCAAGGAAGAACCCAGCCUGUAGGGCGAGUGUUGGGUAAAGUGUGCAAGGCACGUGUGGAUCUCGCUUUCCUUUUGGAUGGGUCUGAUGGAAUUGGUAAAGAUCACUUCCAGGACGCACUCAGCUUCGUCAAAAAUGUCAUCAACUCAUUUGACGUAACCCCUGGCAACGUCCACGUAGCGAUGGCAGUAUGCUCUGACAAACCACACAUCGUGUUCGAUUUCCGCGCAUUCAACGAUCACGUGUCAAUCUCGCGUGCGCUUGGAUCGGUGAAAUACCCUCAGGGAAAACUAAUGGCAGGAAGGUGUCUUAGGGCUAUCAAGUCUAGCAUCUUCAUCAACAGCGGACGUCACGGCGUACCCAAGAUGCUUUACGUCAUGACUGGCGGCAACUCGCGCGACCGUGUUGCGUUACCAUCGAGGUCCUUGCGUGACGAUGGUGUCCAAGUGUACUCUUUGGGUCUCGGUAACAGCUAUAAGGCGUAUGAGCUGAAGGAGAUGGCAACGUCACCUUUUAAUGAUCACGUGAUGGCCACACGCUUUAAUAUCUUGGGAUUAUUGAGACCGCUAGUCACGGCUCAGCUUUGUCGAGGUUCAGGAGGAAAACUUGUGAAAGACAAGGAAAAAGCGGAGCGAAAAAUCAAGCUGUUUGCGGAUUUUCUGCGUCAGCUCAAGAGCGAGCAUCCUCUGUACCAGGCAGCAACCAAUCACGACAAUUCUCGCGUUAUCGUUCAUCCCGACGACAAGAAGACGGAAAAAAUCAUCCCCAGGGUCACACCCACGAAAAAGGCGGAGAAGCCACGUGAUGUGUCGGUCGGGCUGGUGUCAAACGUCAAUCAGUUCUUCAAAAAUAAAAUAGCACGAAGAAAGCCGAGCGGCAAGACAGACAGCAGGAAAAGAGCCAUGCUCAAAGCGGACAUAAGACGAAAGCUGCAUCUAUUGUUGGAGAAGUUAAACGGAAAGUUCCCGGAUGAAAAUGCAAUCUACCGCUCGAUAGUGUACAAUGUCAAUGGGCAUAUUGGAGAUGCAACAUGCAAAGACAAGCACAAGCUUUGCAGUGACUGGAAGGCUGACGGCCUGUGUUCGUCAUCUGCUAAGGAUGGCACGAUGGACGCCUUCUCUGUACAGGCCGUGUGCCCACGAUCAUGUAAUGUCUGCUAUCCCUAAGCCAGCGGUGGUACAAUACUAUCCAUGCGCAAGAAGAAUCGUCCUAUUGCGCCAUACAUUGGAAGCUUAGCUAAAGAAUCACAAAGAAGCAGUCUGUAAACACGGGAUACAUUGGAAGACAUUAGGCAUCUUGUAAAGUUAAAAAAAAAAUCUAGAAAUCCGAGAAAACUUCGGAAGGGGAGAAGGGGCCAACGGCUAACUCGGAAGAAAAUUGUAAACUAAAAAAAAAAGAUGAUCCAUGUAUUUUUUUUGUAAAUAUUAUGUCAAGGUACAAGAAUAAAAGCUGCGAAUAUCAUA